GUGUUUAGUCCUACGUGAGCCACCGUACGUUGGCUUACAACACGGUCACACUCCAAAAUGUCCAAUUUAUUAACUUUUUCGGUCAAAGGUGCAGCUGGCGCGUGAAUGAAGUGUGAUUCAUAUGUCAUAUCAGCCGGUUUUUACUAUAUUCAGUAGGAUUCGCAGUGCUUGGUAUUACUUUUUUCAUAGGUAUAUUUGUUUCGUUAAAACAGGAAAUAAAAUUGAAAGCAUCUUCAAAUGACUGACAGUCAAGUCCUGAGGGGAGUCCGGAUUUGGACUCUGAUACCGACGGUGCUCUUCCUGUGCUUGGCAUUCACAUUGCCGACGGGUAACUGUAGACCCCAGAGGAUGCGGAGCAUUACGGAGAUCAGACAGGAGGUGGCUGGCUACGCAGAUGUGGCCAAGAGGAUAAUGGAGUUGGCCGUGUACGGGAAGGCGCAGAACCGCUCUUACGAUAAGCUGGCGGCCUUCACCGACACUGUGGGCAGCCGGGUCAGCGGUUCCGAUAGCCUGGAGCGCGCCAUAAAGUACAUGUACGACGCUCUCAGGCAGGAUGGCCUGGACAAUGUCCACCUGGAGCCUGUGAAGGUCCCGCACUGGGUACGCGGAGAGGAGAGUGCCGCAAUGCUGCUGCCCCGGAACCACACGCUGCCCAUCCUGGGCUUGGGGAGCAGCGUUGGGACCCCUGAAGGAGGUAUCGAGGCCGAGGUGCUGGUGGUGGCGUCCUUUGAGGAGUUGCGGAAGCGAGCAGCUGAGGUCAAGGGGAAGAUCGUGCUGUACAAUGAGCCCUACGUUAGCUACGGGGACACUGUGCAGUACCGGGCCCUCGGGGCCACAGAGGCCGCCAAGCUGGGAGCCCUGGCUGCUCUCGUCCGCUCCAUCACCCCAUUCUCCAUCAACAGCCCCCAUACGGGCUGGCAGGACUACCAGGAUGGGGUGCCAAGGAUUCCCUCAGCUUGCGUGACCAUUGAGGACGCCGAGAUGAUGGCCAGGAUUUCUCACCUUGGUCACAAGAUCGUGGUCCGGCUCUCAAUGGCAGCCAAGACCCUCCCAGACGCUGACUCCUUCAACACUGUUGCAGAGAUCAGGGGCAGUGAGCACCCGGAACAGGUGGUGCUCAUCAGUGGACACCUCGACAGCUGGGACGUGGGGCAGGGAGCCAUGGAUGAUGGUGGAGGUGCUGUCAUCUCCUGGGAGGCGCUGUCUCUGCUCAAAGACCUGAGUCUACGCCCCCGGAGGACAGUGCGCGCGGUGCUGUGGACUGCUGAGGAGCAGGGUGGUGUGGGAGCAGCACAAUACUUCCAGCUCCACAAGGUUAACAUCUCCAAUUUUGAUCUUGUGAUGGAAUCAGACUUGGGCACCUUCAGACCACUGGGAAUCCAGUUCACGGGCAGCCAGAAGGCUCGGGCCAUUAUGAGAGAGGUGAUGAAGCUCCUGGAGCCCAUCAAUGCCACGGCGCUGGAGGAGCAUGGUGAGGGGACUGAUAUCAAUCAGUGGAUGGAGGCUGGUGUGCCAGGAGCCAGCCUGCACACGGCGGACAGCAAGUACUUCUGGUUCCAUCAUUCGAACGGGGACACCAUGACCGUGCAGGACCCCAUGGAGAUGAACCUGUGCUCUGCAGUGUGGGCCACGGUGGCAUAUGUAAUCGCUGACUUGGAGGAGAUGCUGCCUCGAUAGAGCACCCCCUGCUGUUAGACCAGUGACCUCAGAUGUGCAUGAGGGACUGAUAACUCUCUCCCUGGACAUUCCAAUCAGUAUCCUGUCAAGGUUAGAUAUGCUGUAAAUGAACAUUAACGAUGCAAACUUGUACCCACUAAAAGACAAAGUAAUCUCAGGGCUUUUCAGUUUAAAGUGAAAUGUUUGAUUUUAGAAUGAUUUCUGUUUUUGUGAAAUAAAAGCAUAUGUUUUAUCUGUA